GCAGAGACUGUAGUUCAUCUAAAUUGAUUUUGUAUUUCGCUUUUCAAUCGGUAUCAUGUGCAAUAGUAAAACACGUAUUAGUUCACUUUGUGUUUUUGCAAGAUAUCAAAACUGUUUUAAAAUGCACAGUCUGAAAGAAGGAGAAACGAAGUAUUUGUCAGUGUUACUUGUGUGGAGCGAGCGAUACAAGCAUUGUUUUGAUGCGACAUCAUGUAAUGUUGACGUGAUGAUUAGCAAUUCAAAAUACUGAUAAAUCAAAUAAGUUACAUUCUGAACUUGGACUAUAACAUAUCAAGAAACUGGAAAAGGUUACAGCUAGAAAUACGUUUGUGCUGUCCUUGCGACACAGACGACGGCUGUCUCCCAGAGUGAGGCCCAGGCAGGAGCCGGCUGCAGCGGAGCAGGGCACCAUGAUGGAGGGGGGCAUGCAGCUGCUGAACCGUGACGGCCACAGCAUCUCGCACAACUCCAAGCGCCACUACCACGACUCGUUCGUGUCCAUGAACAGGAUGCGCCAGCGCAGCUUGCUCUGCGACAUCGUGCUGCACGUCUCCAACAAGGAGAUUAAGGCACACAAGGUGGUGCUAGCAUCCUGCAGUCCCUACUUCCACGCCAUGUUUACAAAUGAGAUGUCGGAGAGUCGCCAGACCCACGUGACCCUGCAUGACAUUGACCCCCAGGCGUUGGAACAGCUGGUUCAGUAUGCCUACACAGCAGAAAUCGUGGUGGGGGAGGGCAACGUGCAGACCUUACUCCCAGCGGCUAGCCUGCUGCAGCUCAACGGGGUGAGGGACGCCUGCUGUAAGUUCCUCCUCAGCCAGCUGGACCCCUCUAACUGCCUGGGCAUCCGCGGCUUCGCAGACACACACUCCUGCAGCGACCUGCUCAAGUCGGCGCACAAGUACGUCCUGCAGCACUUCGUGGAGGUGUCCAAGACCGAGGAGUUCAUGCUGCUGCCGCUGAAACAGGUAUUGGACCUGAUCUCCAGUGACAACCUGAACGUGCCGUCGGAAGAGGAGGUAUACCGGGCCGUGCUGAGCUGGGUCAAACACGACAUUGACGGGCGCAGGCAGCACGUUCCCUGGCUGAUGAAGUGUGUACGCCUGCCCCUACUGCGGAGGGAUUUCCUCAUGAGCAACGUGGACACGGAGCAGUUGGUGCGUCACCACUCGGAGUGCAAGGACCUGCUCAUCGAAGCCCUCAAGUACCACCUGAUGCCCGAGCAGAGAGGCGUGCUGAGCAACAGCCGCACCCGGCCUCGUCGCUGCGAGGGCGCCAGCCCCGUGCUCUUCGCCGUUGGUGGGGGCAGUCUGUUUGCCAUCCACGGCGACUGCGAGGCCUACGACACGCGGACAGACCGCUGGCAUAUGGUAGCCUCUAUGUCCACCCGGCGGGCACGGGUGGGCGUGGCGGCCAUAGGAAACAAGCUGUACGCAGUGGGAGGGUAUGACGGUACCUCCGAUCUAGCGACUGUGGAGUCCUACGACCCGGUCACCAACUCCUGGCAACCCGAGGUUUCCAUGGGGACGCGGCGGAGCUGUCUGGGUGUGGCGGUGUUGCACGGCCUCCUGUACGCGGCUGGCGGUUACGACGGAGCUUCCUGCCUCAACAGUGCAGAGCGGUACGACCCUCUGACCAGUACCUGGACCUCCAUCGCUGCCAUGAGCACCCGAAGGAGAUAUGUCCGUGUGGCCACUCUGGAUGGCAGUCUGUAUGCAGUAGGAGGGUAUGACAGUUCCUCACACCUAGCUACAGUGGAGAAAUAUGAACCACAGAGCAACGCGUGGACGGCCAUCGCCAACAUGCUGAGCCGACGCAGCAGUGCCGGGGUGGCCGUGCUGGAGGGUAUGCUCUACGUAGCCGGGGGAAAUGACGGCACCAGCUGCCUGAACUCAGUGGAGCGGUUCAACCCCAAGACCAAUGCCUGGGAGGGCGUGGCGCCCAUGAACAUCCGCAGAAGUACCCAUGACCUUGUGGCCAUGGACGGCUGGCUGUACGCAGUGGGCGGCAACGACGGCAGCUCCAGCCUCAACUCCAUUGAGAAGUACAACCCCCGCAGCAACAAGUGGGUGGCGGCCUCCUGCAUGUUCACGCGACGCAGCAGCGUGGGCGUGGCCGUCCUGGAGCUGCUCAACUUCCCGCCGCCCUCGUCGCCCACGCUCUCCGUGUCCUCCACCAGCCUUUGACACGGGGCUAGGUUCCGGCUGACCUCAGCCCCCACCUCGGUCACCGCCGCCCCCGCACAGCCAGGCCCAAGCAAGAGACGUAACUGCUCUGUGUGAAGGGGGGGAGGGAGGGAAUGGAGGGGGUGCAGUUAAACAGAGAAGAGGUGAUGAGGUUGGAAGAGUGAAGGAUGGGGAGAGAGAGAGAGAGAAACACAGAGGUUGCUGGUGGAUCUUUUGCGGUCUCGUUUCCUGAGGUCUCGCUGUAUUACCGUAAAGAUACCAGCUCCUAGUCUCUUGAAGAACACGGUAGAGUUUUCCUUGGAUAAAGAUUUUAAAAACUAAAAAGCAUCCUCCCUUUAUCCCUCUUUCCCUUUGCAAUCCAAUGCUUGAAACACAGUCUCUGAAGACAGUCACUUUGUGAAUCAUGUGUACUGUAAAUGUCACCAUUUUUGCAAUAAUAUAUAUAUAUGGAUAUUGAAAUUAAUUAUUUUAACUAAGGAAUGUAGCUAUAGACUGGUUCUGCCAUGCAUGCUUAUCGUGUCCUGGCCAGCAGGAAUAAAAAUGUAUAGUGCUGCUGAAUGUGUCACACUAGGUGGCAGUAACGGCCAAUGUUGUUUACCGUCCAAUCCCACAGACGCAUGUGGGGAGGAGGGUGAAGUUACCCCUAGACGCUGAUCUUGGGUCAGUUUAGCAUUUUCCCCACGAAUGGUUAAGGUUAGGAUUGGGGAAGGGGAGCUGAUCCUAGAUCUGUACCUAGGGGAAACGUCACACUGAAAAAUAGAUCUAUUGAUACUAGAUCUACCGUUACUCGAAACUGUAGAUUUGUUUAAAUCCCUUUUUUUAUAUAAAAAAAAACAAUUACGUUGAAUUCUAUUUCUUAUUUAUUAAAUGUAAAACAAUCUAAAGCUAAUAUAUUCAGACAAUUUCAAAGAUGCUUUAUGAAAAGCAAAUGGACCACUGCUACAACUCAAGAGAGACGUAUUGUUUUUAUUUUGUUGCGUUAACUUUGUGCAUAUCAUGGAUGGAAGUGUGUCAUCGAAAAUGUCAAAGUGUGACACUGUUAGUCAUUCAGUUUGUGCUUGAGAGUUGAGUGUAUCAGAGUGAAGAGAGGAUUAAUAAGGAUGUCUUAAACUGAAGACAAUAUCAGGGCCGUAUUCAUAAAGUAUCUCAGAGUAGGAAUUCUGAUCCCGGAUCAGGUCAUCCCUCUUAUUCUGAAUGAUUUAAAAGGCUACACUGAUUCUAGAUCAGCACUCCUACUCCGAGACGCUUAACACAUACGGGACCCCGGUCAACUGAAAUAUCUCUUUAUUAUUUGUAAUGGAAAACAGUUGAAAGAUAAAGGUUUAUUUUUUUCAUGCAGUGGUUCAUGUAACCAUGAGAGAAAUUAGCUGAUGCAUUUACAGGUCCUCGUGGAUAUUCUUUUGUGUGUUGGUACCUUGACUGUAAAUGUAAGUAUAUUUUUUGUGUGUUUUUUUAAUUGCCUUGUCACUGCCACAUGCAUGACACCACCAAUGUCAUUAAUAGUUAAUGGGGGCAGCAGGGUAGCCUAGUGGUUAGAGCGUUUGACUAGUAACCGGAAGGUUGCAAGUUCAAAUCCCCGAGCUGACAAGAUACAAAUCUGUCGUUCUGCCCCUGAACAGGCCGUUCCCAGGCCGUCAUUGAAAAUAAGAAUAUGUUCUUAACUGACUUGCCUAGUUAAAUAAAGGUAAAAUAAAAAUUAGGGCAACUGAUGUCCAAUACUGUUGCUAUGGUAUGCAAGCUUGCUUGUCCACUAGCUAAUUAGAAGAGCCUAAUGUGCUGUAUAGAUCAUUAUCAUUCAUAAACACACACAGUGGUAUCAUGCUUCUGGCAGCUUUGAAAUGGCUUAAGUGCGUAAAGUUCAAGUUAGCAAGUUAACACAUGCCACCAAUCUGAACACUUGACACUAACGACGGUCAUGUCAAUGUAGAAUACCUAUGGUGCUGUCAUUUUGUCUUACAUACACUUCAGUUUGUACUUUCACCCAUACCCUCAUCCAUGUAUUGUUGAAAAGGAUACAAAUAUACCAGGGAUACAGAUGUAUAAACGUGUGACAUGUAAAAAAGUAUUUAGUCAGCCACCAAUUGUGCAAGUUCUCCCACUUAAAAAGAUGAGAGAGGCCUGUAAUGU